UUUUAUACUCCCCCGUCCCACAAUUGAUUACAAUGUUUACUAUUCUAAAAUCAUAACAAGUUUUUAUUUGAGUAUUUUCGUUGUUUAUUUAAUAAAAUAAAAUAUUCUUGUCACCUCUGAAUUUGCAAACUUCUGAUGUGGUUUUUAAAUAUAAAUACCCAUGGGGUUUGUUAAUUAUUGCGCCGGAGCCACCGCCGCCGCCUCCGCCUCUUCAGGGGAGAGAAAGUCCUUGUACGCUUUUCUUUCUCUCAUCACGAUUCUCCUGCUGGCAUGCAACGGCGCCAUCACCAUAUUCUCCCUCCGCCUCCCCUUCCCCCCGAAGACCCCGGCGAGCUUUUCCCCGGAAAACGUAGUCACCGGAAAAUCAAGAAGAGCCCUGAUCUCCGCGGCAUCUCCCAGGAAGCUGUCGCCGUCUUCGCUCAUGUACGCGGUGAAACCGGACACCCAUUUCCGGGUUUCUCGGAAAAAUCGAAACUUGGUGGCGUUCAAGAACACAGCCGCCGCCGCAUUGGCGGCGAGAAGGCGAAAGCAGAGGUCUUUGAUGAUCAGAGCCAUGGGUUCUGGAUAUCGAUCGAAUCCGCAGUUCUCCACAAGAGCCAAGGGAUUUUUGCGAGAGAAUUCGUGCAAAUUAAGGUUCUUCAUGACAUGGAUAUCCUCUGUCGAGUCUUUCGGCUCCAGGGAGAAAUCCGCCAUGGAGAGCCUGUUCAGAGCACACCCCGCAGGUUGUCUGAUCAUAGUCUCGAACUCCAUCGAUUCAGUCGACGGAAAGAGAAAAAUCCUAAAACCCUUCUUGGAAAAGGGGUUAAAAAUCACAGCUUUGGCCCCGGACUUCAACUACCUGUUCAAGAACACCUCGGCACAGGGCUGGUUUGACCGGCUAACGAGAGGGGACGUGAAUCCCGGGGAGGUUUCCAUAGGUCAAAACCUCUCGAACCUUCUCCGACUCGGCUUACUGUACCGGUUCGGAGGGGUUUACGUCGACACGGACGUGAUAAUACUGAAGAGCUUCUCGGGCCUGAGGAACGCGAUCGGGGCCCAGACUAUGAAUCCGGAGACUGGAGACUGGAGCAGGCUGAACAACGCGGUGAUGGUUUUCGACAAGGGGCAUCCCCUGGUCAGGAAGUUCAUCGAGGAGUUCGCUCUCACGUUCGACGGGAACAAGUGGGGCCACAACGGGCCCUACCUGGUGUCGAGGGUGGUGGCGAGGGAAGGGUGCGGGGGCGCGACGGUUCUGCCCCCGGGGGCGUUUUAUCCGGUGGGUUGGGGGAGAAUCGGGGGCCUUUUUGAGGGCGGUAGUAACGUGACGCAUGUGAAGUGGGCGGCGGAGCGGGCGGAGGAGAUGAGGAGGGGGAGUUAUGGGGUGCAUUUGUGGAACAAGCAGAGUAGGAGGAUGGAGAUCGGGGAAGGGAGUAUUGUGCAGUUCGAUCUCAACAAAGAUCCGACGCGGGCUUCACGUGGAGACGAUCCAUCUUUUGACGCCGAUGUUCCCACCCUUAGCAUUCGAGCUACUGCGUCAUUCAGCGAUAUGGGACGUUUAGUCGAGGUUGUUUCCCCACGGACAGCUCUGACAAACACAUCGACUUCUCGUGGAGUGCAUACCGGGCAGCCCGAAGAACCUGUGCAGGAAAACGAAGCAGAACAGCAGGAGAACAACACAAUACACAGACUAUCUGAUACUCAAAAGAAACGCAUAGUUGAAAUGCUAAUGGGAAAAGCCAAAGAAGACUGUAAACUUCAGCGGAGGGCCAUUAAAGAAGUAGCGGCGAAGUUCAACACUAACAGAUGGGCCGUUCACACCUUAUGGACCAAAGCAAAACAACAAUUUAAUGCAGGCUUACCCAUUAAUGUGGCACCACAAAUGAGGGGGCGUGUGGGCAGAAAAAGAGUCACAUGUGAUUUAGGAAAACUGGUUGAAGUUCCUUUUCAUAAAAGGAAAAACAUUCGUGCAGUUGCAUACCAACUAAACGUAUCAAAAAGCACAGUGCACAGGCUACUCAAAGAAAAGCAGAUUCGACGUCACACGAAUGCAAUCAAGCCUUUGCUGACAGACAGUGGUAAGGAAGGAGCAAAGAGGAGUAGUAAAAACAGGCCUGCAGGUACUUUAGAAACAAAGCCCAUUCCAAUUGUUAACAGAGAUGUGAUGAAGCAAAUGAUGCUGAAUCAGGUCAUACCUGCCAUUAAGGCCAAAUGGCCUCAGGCAAGGGCUAAGCAUGUCAUCAUACAACAAGACAAUGCCAAACCUCAUGUACACCCUGACUUGGGAUUCUUUGCAUCAAUAGACAGUCUCAAAAACCAAAAAGCCCCAAGGAACAUAAAUGAACUGAUCAAUGCAGUGCAGACUGCAUUUGAGGAGUUAACCCCUCAAAAAUUGAAUAAGGUCUUCUUGACCUUACAAUGUGUGAUGGAACAGAUUCUAGUGCAAAAAGGAGGAAACAACUACAAGAUACCACACAUUGGGAAAGACAGACUAGAGAGGAUGGAUCAGUUGCCUGAGAAUAUUCAAGUCAGUAUGGAAGUGGUGGAGGCAGCCAGGAACUUCUUAGCAGAGCAGGGGGCUGGUAACAACUGACUUAGAAAUACAAUCUAAGUUCUUUGUUUUAAUUUUUGCUUUUUGGAGGGACUUGUCCUAAUGAACUGUGGAGUUCUAG